AUGAUUUUUUGGAUCGCUUUAAAUUAUCUCGCUGUCCGUAUCCGAGACUAUAUUGAUUUUGUUUCUGGUGGUGGAUUCGAGAUUCGACAAGAUGAGACGAAAUUUGGUUAUGGUGGAGAUUUGAUUCACGAAAUCUGGAGUAAAGAACCAUCUCAUACACCAUUCAUGGAUGAUUUACGCGUGAAGAAUGGCGAAAUAUGA